AUGCACUCGAAAACCAAUACCAAGAUUCUACAUGGCGAUGUUAAACCAGCUAAUAUACUUUUGGAUGAUAAGUAUGUGCCAAAGAUCUCAGACUUCGGCAUAUCAAGGUUGAUUGCAAGAGACAAACAACACACGGGAUCUAUCAUUGGUGACAUGAGUUAUAUGGAUCCGGUAUAUCUACAAACAGGGCUACUAACAGAAAAAAGUGAUGUCUACAGUUUUGGAGUUGUCAUCUUGGAGCUUAUUAGUAGGAAGAAAGCUACACAUUCCGACGGUGGUAGUUUAGUAAACAAUUUCCUUGAAGCUUACAAGAAAGAGAAGAAAGCAACUCCAUUAUUUGAGGAGGAAAUUGCGGUAACAGAAGAUUUGGACAUUCUUGAUAGUUUGGCAUGUAUUGUUGUGGAAUGCCUUAACCUUGAUGUGGAUCAAAGACCAUGGAUGACAAACGUAGCAGAGCGUCUCCUCAUAAUGGAUCCAUCCCGCAAGUCGUAA